UUCCCUGGAAGCUGCCAUGGAGCACAAGGUGAUCUGUGUCCUCGCCAUGGUCCUCAUGCUGGCUCUCAGCAGCCUUGCCCAGAACCAGGAAGAAGCAUGUGCCGUGAUGCCCCGGGACAGAAAAAAUUGUGGCUUCCCCGGUGUCACCGCCCAGCAGUGCAAGGAAAAGGGUUGCUGUUUCGAUGACAGUAUCCGGGGGAUCCCAUGGUGCUUCCAACCUCUGGUCAUUGAGAGCCAGCAAGAAGAAGAAUGUCCCUUCUAAGGUCCAUCCGAGAGAACUGGUUACAUCAAGACUCGGCACCCCCUCCCCCAAACCUGGACCCUGGAGCCACCUGGCCCACCUGCUUCAUACACACCUGUUCGGUGGCUGGAUCUGGCCUGGUGACACAGUUCAACCUCUCGGACUUUUAAUCCUCAAAUUCGGCCUGAUUAUUAAAAGAUAUGAAUGCUA